AUGGCUUCUACUUCUACAGGUGGUGGGAAAGAUGGAUCUAAAGGUUUUGUGAAGAGGGUUACAUCAACAUUCUCCAUUAGGAAAAAGAAGAACACAACGAAUGAUCCGAAACUACUUCUUCCUCGAUCGAAAUCAACUGGAGGUAACUAUGAAUACAUGAGGCUGCCUCAGGGGAAAAAGGCUCUUCCAGAUGUUAAAACAACAAAAGACACAAAGAGGACCAAAUCUGCAGGUGUUUCCCCUCAACCAAGGCGUGAAAAGAUCGAUGAAUCUGGUAAACAGUUUAUGAAGAUGAGAUGUUUUGAUGACAGUGAUUCCAUCUGGUUGUCUUCAGAUUGUGCGUCUCCUACUUCUCUUUUAGAGGAACGUAGAUUGUCCGUCUCGUUUCAUUUCUCAGUAGAUGAAAAGAUCGUCUCGUGGUUGUCAAGUGUGGCUAACUCUUCUCUGUCUUUGAAUAAAGAAUCCAGUACCAGCUCAACCAAAGAGAGUCAUCAUCCUCGUCAUCAGACAAGUUCAAAGAACGCAAAAUGUUCUUUGGAAAACGUUCGAAACGAUGGAAGAGUUUGUAACUCAGCUGGUAAAUCUCGUGGAAAUGGCUCUGCAAAGCCGUCUUCACGUUUACAAGAAAGCAACAACAAGACUUGUCCUAGGAAGCCACCUGAAGAGUCAUCUAGUUCCAAUAGAUUAGUGAGUUCACAGAGUCCUGAAGAAAAGAAAGUUAGCUUCUCUGUAGAAACAGAGAAGUCUCCUUCACCGGUUAACUCAACUGUCGUGUCAUCUGGUCUUACUAAUACCACCGGGACAACAUCUUUAAAGAAGAGCGCAGAAACUGGGGACUCGAAGAGAAAGAUUGUUGUGGAGCCACUUUUCUGGCCAUUUGAGCAGAAGUUUGAUUGGACACCAGAGGAUAUCUUAAAGCAUUUCUCAAUUUCACCACGGAGGAAGAAGUCACUAGGAUCCAAGAGUGCAGGUACAUCUCCAAGAUCAAUGAGGGCGCAACUCCAAACAAGGAAGCUAGAUCUCAAAGAAGGGUGCAAGAGGAAGCUCAUGUUCAACGGUCCUGGAUCAAAUUCAAAACCAACAAGGAUUCCAGAACUGAAACGAACAAUCAGCAACAACAGUAGCACCAACAAAACCGAGAUGAUCAGCAAGAACCAACAACCUAUAAUAAGGAACAGUGUGAAGAGGAACAAAAGUUUGCCGUCAAGGUUGAGGAAAUCGAGUAAAAUAUCUUCAAAGGUGGUACCUAUUGAAGCUACAGAAGAUACUGGAGAGAUACUCAAAGAGCAAAAAACACCUAAGAAGCUCAUCAUGACACGCAAGUCCAGGACAUUCUUGGAAGAUGACUUUGCUUUGAUGAAUGAUUUCUCUAUAGAAAAGGCGGUGGGGCUUUGCGAGUUCAAGGGAAGAGAAGGCAUAGAUUUAGACUUCAACACUGAUGGUUUCUUGUUCGACGAUUCCCUAUGA